AUGCAAGUAGUUUGCGUAGUUCUUAGUCUCGUUAGUAGCUCAAAGGAUGACUUUCUUUUUGCAGACAAAGAACGAGGUGAACCAGAUCUUGUACAGAUGAAAACAAUAGGAGACUUGGAGGCGGCAACUGCUAACGAAGAAGAACAAGAAGGAAAAACAUUUUCAACGUUCGCUAUCACGGAGACUGAAGACAAAGCAUUGUCAACGUUCGUUGUCACGGAGACUGAAGGAAAAGCAUUGUCAACAUUCGCUGUCACGGAGGCUGAAGACAAGCAACAAACAGACACUAAUGUUCAAAAAAAUGGAACUGUUGACGUUGAAAAUGAAGUUGAAGUUGAUGUUCAUCAGCAAGCACCAGUUGACAAAUCGAUGGAAAGCAACCAAUCUGAUGAGAAAAAAGAAGAAAACAUUUCGGAAUUAGCUGCACUAGGAAAGGAAGGAAAGGAAGGAGAGAAAGAGGAUGACAAUCAGAAGGAAGAGGAUGACAAUCAGAAGGAAGAGGAUCACAAUCAGAAGGAAGAGGAUGACAAUCAGAAGGAAGAGGAGGAGGAGAAGAAGAAGGAGGCCGAAGAGGAGAACCUCAGCAAAGCUUAUGAGAAACCAGAUGACGGUACCAAACCAACAAUCAGUUCAGAGAUGRCUGAUCAGGAUGAUAAAGUCGACGGCGAUGAAAAARAAGACGAAGAGAAACAGCAAGAGACUUCGAUCGAUGCAACUGAAAUCGUUUCUUUAGAACAAGCUGCAAGCGAACGAAAGGAAGAUGAAGAGA